AUGUCUCUUCUCAACAACAAUAUCUCGGAAAUACUUCAACGUGGCGACACACCCGGUAAACAAAGAUCGGAAAUUCUGCCAUCCGCUCCACGAAGAACUACACCGCCUACGGGCGCCAUAGUUGCUGCAAGCGGAGACGAAAAGCGAAGAGAUUCCCAGCCGUUGUUUACAGUCAUGGCUAGCUUUCUCGAUUUUCUGCAGGUCAACAAACACAAGACAUUUCGACCGAAAAAGAAGUUUCCACAAGGCACUCUUCGCUACAGUCUUCACAAACAAGCCGAAGCUACACUGCAUUCAGGAGUGGACCUUCGUCAUGCGGUCAAAUUGCCUCCUAGUGAAAAUUUCGAUGAUUGGCUAGCGGUGCAUACCGUGGACUUCUUCAAUCGUAUCAAUUUGAUGUACGGUACGAUUUCAGAUGUUUGCACUCGAGAAUCGUGUCCAACAAUGUGUGGAGGUUCUCGUUAUGAAUACUUGUGGCAAGAUGGACUGGAAUACAAGAAACCCACAAGACUCCCAGCUCCUCAGUAUAUGCAGCUGCUAAUGGAUUGGAUUGAAGUUCGCAUCAAUGAUGAGAGCAUAUUUCCAUCAAGCACCAAUGUGUCAUUCCCAAAAGAUUUCCGUCAAAUCUGCAAGAAAAUUUUGACUCGUCUUUUCCGUGUUUUCGUCCACGUCUACAUUCAUCACUUCGAUCGGAUCCGAGAAUUGGGUGCUGAACCACACGCAAAUACUCUUUACAAACAUUUUUACUUCUUCGUCACAGAGUAUGGAAUGGUUUCUACUAAAGAAUUGGAAGCUUUGAAGGACAUGACCGAACGUCUUUUGGAACCAUCGAAUCGUCGUGCUCCAAUUCCUUCUGCAAAUGCUUUCCGUCAAUGA